GCUGUCUAGUUCUUGUGAACAAAUGUGACUGACGACAACACUCUUUGUCCUUUUGCCUCUCUCUCCUUUCUCUCUCCUCCACCAGCAAACCAUUACUCCUCUCUCUCCUCCGUGACUCCGUCCUCCAUCGCUGCAAUCCCUCAUUCCUCGAUUCAAUGCUUCCCUUUCCGCUCAAAGUUCCAAUCUUUACUUGAAACCCAACCACAAAGUUCCAAUCUUUACCAUUCCUGAAGUCUUCACGGCGAGUUUGUACUGAGUCACACGUCUCUGACUCGGCCCUGGGGAAGAAGAAACCCAACAAUGGGGUUUCUCUUUAGUCUCCAGGUGCUUCUCUUUCUCAGUCUCUCUCAAAAACUCUCUGCUCAGCCUCCUCCGACCAAUGUGACUUCUUCUUCUCUCGACGCCCUUCUUCAAGAUUACUCCUUUAGAGCUUUCGUUCGUCCCCGCACCGGAAUUCUCUACGACGCCGCCGCUCCUUCCAAUUUCACCGGGAUCAAACUCGCCGCCAUGAGACUCAGAAGCGGAAGCUUCAGAAAAUACGGAGUAUCCUCCCUCAAAGAGUUCUCAAUUCCGACAGGUGUGGUCGUGAAGCCGUACGUGACAAGGCUCGUUCUUGUCUAUCAGAACCUAGCUAACUACUCUCAGUUCUAUUACCCUCUUCCCGGCUACGACUACGUAGCUCCCGUGCUGGGUCUCCUCGCCUACGACGCCAAGAAUCUCUCCGCCGUUAACUUACCGGAGCUGGAGCUAACGGCGUUAAACGAUCCCAUUAAGAUUGGUUUCGCCGAUCUUGAACGUAUCCCGCAAGGUUCUGGCGCUAAGUGCGUUAGUUUCGAUUCGCGAGGGAAAGCCACUUUCAAGGACUCGGUUCAGAACACGUGCGAGACUGUGAAUCAAGGGCAUUUCUCUGUGGUGGUGAAGUCUGUGGCGUCUGCUCCAUCUCCAAGCGAGGGAAGAAAGAAGAAGAAGGAGGAGAGGUCUGAGGAUAGUGCCAAGACUUGGAUCAUUGUAGGAUCAGUGGUUGGUGGGUUGAUACUAUUGGGGCUGUUGGUGUGUCUUGUUAUGAGGUGUCGGAGUUACAAGAAGGAUGAGAAGAUUAGGGAGAUGGAGAGAGCUGGAGAGGCGGGGGAAGCUCUUAGGAUGACUCAGGUUGGAGAGACGAGAGCACCGACAGCUACUACUACUCGUACACAACCUAUGCUCGAGACUGAAUACGCAGCUUAGAAGAAAACUUUUGAUUGUGGUUUUGUGUACAUCUUCAUUAUUGUUAGAGUUCAGCUUUGAUCCAUCUGUUACUUGUCUUCUGGUAAAGUGUUUUUUUUUCUGAUUAUUAUUUUUUUUUAGUUGUGGUUAGCAAGUUGAUACGGUACAUUCAUCUUGAUUCUCUACGAGUGAUUUUAAGGAAAAUAAGUGUUAUUGUUUGGCCUCUCAAAUCACAACUUUGAUGGAAGAUAUGGAUUGUUUCUGGAACA